AUGAUUACUAUAAUGAUGGUUUUUGCAUUAUUGUUAUCAGCUAGUAGUUAUUUUUUCAUAUCAAUUUAUUCCGCAUCACAUUUACCUUUGAACGAUAAUAUUCCCAUUCGUAAUAACAAUAACAUAACAACAACAAUUAUCGAACCUACUACGUUGACGACAACAACUACAACUGAUUCAACCAUUUCCACUUUAGAUUCUCCACAACUAUCCAUAUUUACUGGAGGACAUUGGUUUACUGGACCAAAUAUGAUUACAUUUUUCAUAAGAUUUGAGAAUAACCAAAAUCAACUAAAUUUUGAUUUAUCUUCGAUUGAUGCUUUUCUAAUUCUUGGCAACGAAAAGGUUUUAAUGAAUGGGGAUAUGAAUGUUUUUAAUGAUCACGGUCUAUUUACAACAGUAUCGAUGCCUAGAAUUGAUCAUUGCCGUAGUUACUAUUUUGAGUUAUUUACAUUUGAUGGAAGUUAUGAUCGAUGGCCAAAAAAAAACGUAUUAUACACAAUUGAAGGUGAUAGAUGCCUUAUGCCAUUAAAUGAAUCACUUGCGUGGUUUUUAUUUAUAGUUGACUUGUCGAUUGCAUUCUCCUAUUACACUAUUCCAGUUCAACUGAUUUAUUUCAUAAGAAAAGCACCAAAACUACCAUUUCCUCUAGUAUUUACUUUAUUUUCAGCUUUCAUAAUAUUAUGUGGAACAACUCACAUAGUAUCUGCAUGGAUGCCUUGGAAUCAAAACUAUACUCUUUCUGCAAUAAUAAAAGUAUUUUGUUCCAUAAUAUCUUUGGUAACUGCUGGAGCUUUAUUAGUCAUCAUUCCUAAAGCAUUGGAACUACCUCUAUUAGCUGCUCAAUAUAAAGAUGAAAUUUCUGAAAGAUUAUUAUCUGAAAGAUAUUUACGUAACGAAAAUCAAACAAUGUCCAAUUUUCGACGUGUAAUUCAUGCUAUACGCGUGACUUUAUCAAAAAAUGUGAUAUAUCAUAAUACUGUGUCUCAACUUUGUGGAAUAUUGGAUGCUGAUCGAUGUCAAAUAUUUAUAAUGAAAACUCGUGUUGGUUGUUGGGAAUGUGUACAAGAUUAUUUUAAUCCUAAUCAAAUAGCUCAACAAAAUUACAAUACAACAAAUUCUCAAUUAAAUCCAAAUAGUUUAAUGGUCAGAACUGUAUUUAAAGAUAAUAUUGUCACGCUUCUUAAUUUUAGAGACACUGAGUUAUAUGACUUAUACAUCAAUGGAAAAUAUAAUAAUUUGGAUAGGACGAUACUUGUUCCGAUACCAAUGCCAGAAAAUGAAUUUGGCAUCAUAGUUUUACAACGAUGGAAAGUUGCAAAUUUCGUUAAAGAUCAUUCACGUGAAGAUUGGACAUCAAAUACUUUGACAUUUUUAGCUGAUUUAGCUGAACAAAUCUCUAUUGCUUUGGUUCAAUCCAAUCUAAUAGAACAAGAUAAAGCACGUAUUAAUCAAUUGGCUGAAAAAAACAAAGCCCUGGAAUUGGCCAGAAAAGAAGCUUCUGCAAUACAUGCACACCGUGAAUUUCUUGCAGUAAUAUCUCAUGAAAUGCGUACACCUUUAUAUGCAAUAUUUGCUUUAACUUCAAUAUUACUCGAAACGCCUAGUAUCUCAAAUAAUAGUGAAAUGAACGAAGUAUGUGAUAUGUUGGAGAUUAUUAAAAAAAGUGGCGAUAUGCUAAUAGCAAUAAUCAACAACGUUUUGGAUUUUUCAAAAUACGAAGAAGGUCAUCUACAUUUGGAACGGGUUCCAUUUUGUGUGCAAGAAGUCAUAGAGACUUCUUUGGAUAUAGUUGCACUGCAAGAUCAAGAAUCUUCCAGACCAAGAAUUAAUUACUACAUUGAUAAAAAAGUUCCUUAUAAUGUUAUUGGUGAUAUGACUAGGUUCAGACAAAUCAUUGUUAACUUAUUAUCAAAUGCUUGCAAAUUCACUCAAACUGAUGGUGAUGUCAUGAUUAAAGUGGAUAGCGAAUAUGUGACGAUUAGUGAUGUUAAAAAAGUCAAAAUUAUAGUAGAGGUGACUGAUACAGGAAUUGGUAUAUCAAAAAAAGUGUUACCAAGAUUAUUUAAAAAAUUCUCACAAGCAGAUGCCAGUAUAACGCGUAGAUAUGGUGGUACCGGUUUGGGAUUGGCAAUAGUAAGUAAAUUAGUUGGAUUGAUGGGUGGUGAUAUACAUGUAGAACAAAACACUCGAGAUAAAUCUGGCACAAGAAUGAUGUUUUAUGUAUAUCUCGAAGAAGACCUAAAUUCUCUCUCAUACCCAAUACUAUCACCAACUAAAACUUCAAAACCAAUUUGCAUAUUGGAAAAAAAUAAUUCAAAUAGAAUUGGAUUAAAACAACUUGAUGAAUCAACUAGUUUUGUACUAAUUGACAGCAAUACAGAUGAAAAAACGAAGAUGUUGCUUGAUUUUAGUAAAUUAGAUGAUGAUCGCAAUGACAGUAUUGGUAGUAGUAAUAGCAGUAACAGUAUAAAUAAUAAUAGUAUGGAUAACAUAAAUGUAAAUUUUAUUUCUAAUCAUUAUAACAUAAACGAUAUCAGUUAUGAUAGUAAUAGUAAUGAUAUCCUUAACAACAAAGAAGAACGUAUAACGAUGACAUCAAACAACAACAACAAUAAUAAUAAAUUACAAAACGGAAUGUUUAAAAAACAACAAAAAAAUUCAUCACGUUCAAAUACUUUACCCAAUAUAAAAACCGCCAAUCAAAUAUCAAUACCAUCAUCAUCAAUAAAAAUAAUGCAACAAUCAUCAUCUUUACAAUGUAACUACUUUUCAAACACAUCAGUAUUGUCUCCUCCAAGAAUAUCAUCAAAUUACAUAAAUGGUAAUUACAACAAUAAAGAUGAUUUUGGAUUGCCUAAAUUAGAGAUAUUAAUUGUUGAAGAUAAUCAAAUAAACCAGAUGGUAACGUCGCGAAUACUUUCUAAAUUGAACCAAGGAUGCGAAAUAGCGGGUGACGGUAAAACUGCAAUAAAAAAAUGCGAUGAAAAGAUAUAUGAUGUUAUAUUUAUGGACAUUUCUAUGGCUGAUAUGGCAAAUGCUUUAUGGCAUGAUAGAUUAAAUUGUAUUGAGUCAGGAAUGAAUGAUUUUGUUUCAAAACCUGCUAAAAAAGAAGAUAUAAAAGAUGCUCCAUUUUUAGAAAAACAAAUACUUGUUAUAAAUUAA